UCAAAAGUGAUCCGAACGUCCAUGAUCGUCCGACGCGCCGGCCGGCUGGCGCUGCUCGAGGCGGCUGCGUCACCAAGCACCGAUUCCCCGGUCAUCGUAAGCAAUGCGCGCUCGGCGCUGCUGCGUACGGGAGUAGCGCUCCUCGAGACGCUCGUCGGUGCCACGCCGUCCGUGUAUGUGCUCGUGGUUCGCAACGACCUCGCGAGCGCCGCCGCCAUCGUAGCCGCCGCCCAGAGCAAGCACGUCGUGGUCCUCUUACCGGCGUCGCGCCUGCACUUGCUCGAGUAUGCGAUUGCGCAAACCGGCGCCGCGUCAAUCGUCGACGCGACGGCAAGUACCGUGGCGCUGACGACGACACCACCGACGUCCGUUCCAGCCUGGCCGCUUGCGGCGUUCGGACGUGACGGCGGUGUGUGCAUGCUUACGUCGGGCAGCACGGGCACUUCCAAAGUUGUCGCGUGCUCGUGGCCAAGCAUGUACGCGCAGGGCGACGCGACGCAGGCCGCCAUGUUCCCACGUCGUCCCUGCCGCUUUGUGCUCGCUUCGUCGAUAGCCCACGCGUAUGCGAUCAAUGCGCUCUUCGCCAUCAUGACGUCGCCGCAUGGCGACAUGUCGACGCUUGUCAUGAGCAGCGGCAUGGACGCCCUUGUGCCCGUCUUGUCGACGCCGGCGCCACAUGCCGUGACCAUUGUCUUUGGAACGCCAGGUACCUACGCACCGCUAUUGCAGCUUGUGCAACCGGUACCGUUGUUUGCCGACUUGGCCUACAGCGCCGGUGUGACCCUGCCGACCGAGAUGCACACAGCGCUGCGCCGCGAUUUUGGCCUCGCCCUCGUACAGAACUAUGGGUCGACCGAAACCGGAGGUAUUGCCGCCGGUGGGAUUCGGCCCGGUGUCGCACCGCCAACGCACGACCGUCUUGCGAACGCCGGUGCGCUCUGGCCCGGCGCUGUCGUGCGCGUGCAAAAGCCAAGCGUCGGCAUGGUGUGUCGCGACGGCGAAGACGGUGAGCUGGUUGUCCAGACACCGUGGCAGUGUGCGGGCUACGUCGAGCAGCAAGCGCUCGUCCGCAUUAGCGCGGAUGGGUUUUACCGAACGUCGGACGGCGGCGCCGUGGUCGACGGCCACGUGUUUGUCGGCGACCGUCUGCGGGCGCCCGUGCGCUUCCGCACCGGCACGUUUACGCUCUUUGUACCCCGGCACGAACUCGAAGACGCGGUCUUGCAACACCCGACGAUCUCGGAUGCUCUUAUGCCCGUUGUUGAAGCUUUGCCCGAGAAGGUCGUGCUCCUCGUCGUGACGUCGCUGCCCGAGCACGAAGUAGCGAUCGUCUGCCGUUCGCUGCUGCCGUCGUAUGUCUCGACCAUCGACAUUCGAAAGGUACAGCAUUUGGCGUGCAGCGCCGCCGGAAAGCUCCUCUACUCGAUCCCAGAGUAGUAGUCCUACUGAUGCAGCCACGAAUGUCCUCCCAGUCAUUUUGAUGAAUUUCGCACUAGUCCAGAUGGUUGCAUCGACAUAAGACAUUAUUGUUGGUCGAAUACUAUAAAAGCCAGAGUCCGUC